ACGGUGGAGGUGUCUUUGAAAGAUAAAAAGAGGAAAUUCAGGGAUUUUUUUUCUUCUUUUUUUUUUUCUGUAAUGUGAGAGUAGACUGUAGAACCCAAAUAUUCCACAGACGGAUAGAGACCAAAAAAAGAUGGAGUCUGAAGAUCUGCAUGAAUCAGAAAUUCCUGCUUCCUCUAAUUUGUCACCCAGAGAGCAAAUACUGAAAGAUGCUGUGAUGAAAUUGUUCAUGGCUAGACAUUCAUCUGAGCCUCCUUUACUGAAAGCACAGAAAAUCAAACUCAUUGAAGAUAAUAUUUCUUCGUUUUUCCCUGCUUUAAGAACCAGGCCAACUCAUCCUCCUUAUGCAACGAUGGUGAUGGAAGCAAUUAAGGAAAUGAAUGAAGAAGGAGGUUCAAAUGUGGAUGAUAUUUCAAAAUACAUUGAAAUGAAUUUUCAGGGGUUACCAUUUGCUCACUCCCAUUUUCUUAAACAUUAUCUCAAAAAGCUUGUUGAUUCUGGUGAGAUCUUAUAUUCUUGUUAUAAUGCUUGUUAUGCACUCCCACCACACCUUAAUUGUAAACCUACUAGUCCGGAACGGGAAAAGGAACAUGAACAACAACAUCAGCAGCAGCCGGAGCAGGAGGAGAAGAGGAGUCGGGGUAGGCUUCGUAAAAAAUACGUGGCUGGUGAGGAAGGUGAUAGUUUGGUGGGUUCCGGUGACCUUGGGAAUUUGUCCCAGGAAAAUUCUGUAGUACGAACUGAUUCGUUACAGUUAUGUCGCGAUAACAAUGAGGACUUGAUGGAAUUGGGUGGAGAAGGAGAGAAGCAUCAGCAAGGCGAUUACAGUAAUAUAGUGUUUGCACUCGAAGCGAAUCCAUUGCAGCAUCAGCGGGCCUUGAUCGAUUGUGCUAAUAUAGUGGUUGGACUUGAAGCAAGUCCGGCACAGCAGCAACAGUUAAUGGAUGGAGGAAGGCCAAGUAGGAUAUAUGUAAACCAGCAGGAAAUUGUAGAGCAGCAUCACCAAUCUGCUUGUGUUAAGCAGAUACUGGAAGCAGGAAAAAGAAGAGGUCGAGGGAGGCCACGGAGGAUACAUGCACACCAGGAAACAGUAGAGCAACAACACCAAAAGGGAGUUGUAGAGGAACCCUUGCAGCAGCAACAGGAAAUUGUAGAGGAACACUCGCAGCAGCGACAAUACAAGGGCCGAGGAAGACCACGUAAGAUACAUGCACACCAACAGGAAAAUGUAGAGCAACAUCACCAGAGUGCUGAUUCUAAACCAGUGGUUGAAAUUGAACCAGAAUUCUCGCAGGAACCAUGUCCAGGGAGACUACUUGGGAUGCAGGAAGAACAAGAAACAGAAGAGCAGCGUAAUCCUACAAGUGCUUAUUAUACAGUGGUUGAAAAUGAAGAGGGGUCCUCACAGAAACAACAUUCUAAACGUCGAGGCAGAGGAAGACCUCGUAAGGAACCUGUAAAACAAGAAACUAUGAAGCACCAUACUCCAAUUGUUGAGAAUAAUACAGUGGUUGGAAUUGAAGUGGGACCAUUGGACCAAUUGUCUGAGCCUCGAGGAGUACCAUCUAAGAAAUGUGAAGCUAAACAGUCAGAAAUGAGCAAGAGCAUCUCGAUUUCUUGUGAUGACGAAGAUGGUUUGGUACAUGCACACCAGCAGGAAAUUGUAGAGCAACAUCACCAGAAUGCUGAUUCUAAACCAGUGGUUGAAAUUGAAGGGGGGUCCUCAGAGCAACCAAAGUCUAAACGUCGAGGAAGAGGAAGACCUCGUAAGGAACCUAUAAAACAAGCAACUGUGAUGCAGCAUACUCCAAUUGUUGAGAAUAUUACAGUGGUUGGAAUUGAAGUGGGACCAUUGCACCAAUCGUCUGAGCCUCAAGAAGUACCAUCUAAGAAAUGUGAAGCUGAACAGUCAGAGAUGAGCGAGAGCAUCCCGAUUUUUUAUGGUGACGAAGAUGGUUUGAUAGUCUUGGGUGAAGGUGAUACUCUGACUUCCGCGAUUGAUGCAAUUGAUGCUCCAGCAAUGGAAAACCAGCCUCAAAGGAUGGCUGUCGCUGAGGAAGGUGAUGCUGAACAAACACAUCAACUGGCAAUAACAGAGCAGCAGCAUCGGAAUAUUGAAGCUAUUCUAGCUGUUGGAACUGAGGUUGGGUACGUGCAGGCAGAGAAGAGUGAGAAAUGUGAAACUGAACAUGCAGAGAUGAUACAAACAUUUUAUGGUGAUGGUUCUGAGAAUGAAGCCCAGACGAUGGAAAACCAGCCUCCAGAGAUGGCUCUUGCUAAGGAAGAAGAUAUUGAACAAAUACACCAAGUGGGAUUAAUAAGGCAGCAACAUCGGGACAUCGAUGCUAAUCUAGCUAUUGAAACUGAGGUUGCGCACAUGCUGGGUUUGAUAGUCUUGGGUACUGGUAAUAGUCCGACAUCUGUGAUUGAAGCUCUGCCGACGGAAUACCAGCCUCCCUGGAUGAUUAUCUCGGACACAGGUAACACUGAACAAAUACACCAACAGGGAAUAAUAGAGCAGCAUCAUCGAAAUAUCGAUGUUAAUCUAGCUGUUGGAACUGAGGUUGCGCACCUGCAGGCAGAAAUUAAUGAGAAAUUUGAAACUAAACAGGCAGAGAUGAGUGAAAGCACGCAAACAUUCUUUGGUGAUGAAGAUGGUUUGAUUUUCGUGGGUAGUGGUAAUAGUUUCGCUUCUGUGAUUGAAGUUGUACCAUUAGAGUGCCAGCCUCCAUGGAUGGCUCUCUCUGAGGAAGAUGACACUGAACGAAUACACCAACAGGGUAUGAUAGAGCAGCAGAACCGAAACACUGAUGUUAAUCUAGCUGUUGGAACUGAGAUUGAGCACAUGCUGACAGAGGUGAAAGAUAAAUGUGAAACGGAACAGGCACAUAUGAGUGAGAGCAUACAAUUUUUUUAUGGUGAUGAAGAUGGUUUAAUAGUUUUGGGUAAUGAUAAUAGUUUGACUUCUGCAAUGGAAGCUCCUCGAAUGGAAAACCAGCCUCCUUGGAUGGAUGUGACCGAGGAAGGUGACACUGAACAAUUACAUCAACAAGGAAUGUUAGAGCAGCAACACCCAAAUAUCGAUUUUAAUCUAGAUGUUGUAAUCGAGGUUGGGCAUGUACAGACAGAACAGCAGCUUAAUCAUAGAGGAAGCAUGACUAGAACACAUAAGCAAAGUAAAACUGAACUAGAAGAGAAAAGUGAGAGCAUAAGACUAUGUGCUGAUGAUUCUACUGAAGGUGGAUUGGCAGGAGAGGUUUCUCCUGACAAAAGACCAAAAGAAGUGGCUUUUCCCGACAAAAGACGAAAAGAAGUGGUCACCUUGCUGCAGCAACAGUCGAAACGUCAACUUCGGCCAAGGCCACACGAACCGUAUAAAGGAAGGCUUCGCAGACUGAAGCACACCACAUAUCAUCUUUAAGAAGAUAAUUCAUCAAUCUAUGCAAAGAUGUGCCAAGAGGCAGAUGGAUUAGUAGCCUAACAUAGCAUUUGUCGGGGUAAGUUAUUCUUAAAAGUGAUGAAUGCUAGUGUAUUAGAUGCUACUUAAUGGCCUGAGAAACCUAACUGUAAGUUUGAGAAAAUCAGCCCUAAGGGCCUACUGAGUUUGUAUCUCAGGAAUUCCGCUUUGUAGCGAGUCUGCCAAUUCUUCUACCUUCUGUUUGGUGAGGAAGGUAAGAGACUUCCCAUAUGGCUCCGUACCUAGGCUUCGGUUUGUUCUUUAGAUAUUGGAAGUUUUGUACAUAUUAUCUUAUUGACCAAAUGGAGUUCACUUGCAUUGCUCAUUUAAAA